AUGGAUUUUCAUGGUCAUCGUCGUUACCAUCCUUACACCCCUCCCGUAGAUGCACAUCGUGGGAGAAACCAACCGUUCCCAAAUGGACAAACUGGGGCAUGGAAUGGUCGGUAUUCAAGUGUGCACAGAGGAUUAGGAUCUCAACGUUCACUAACCAGAGGCAUGUUCCAUCACCCACCAGAGCAUAGUUCAGUCAGUACUAAUAAAACACCCUUUUAUCCAAGAUACCCGGGGCCACAGCCAAGACUUUCAUGGUUCCAAGGUAGAUCAAUGCAUUAUGGGGUACCACGCCCACCAACCAACUAUUACUCUGAACAAAGAGAGAGAAAUUUUAGAUGGCCCUCUUAUAGAGCAGGAAGAUAUGGGCCCUACCCCAGGCUGCACCCCAAGCAUAUGGGAAUAGCCAGUUCCCGCUCCACAGGUUUUGUAUGAACAUAUAGUGAUGGCAGGGCGGAAGGGCACAGACACCUCAAUUAUUUAUCAUUUAUUUUGUUUCGUUUUGAUUUUACCAUUUUUAUCAUUGUGAUUAUUUUUUAACUGGCUAAUUAUAGAACUCCACAUUCCUCACCUGAUUAUGUUUCUUGAGUUACAUGUAUUUGCACCUAGUUGGAUUUUGAUCAUUGCACAAAAAGUGCAUGCAAAUAAUGUGGUAACCAGUACUUUGUUUAGAUUUUAGUCCUUGUUAUUUUGUUGUGUUGGGACUGUGCCUUUUUAGCCCUGUCAUUAUGUUGAAAUUAUUAUUGCAAGAUUGUGUUUAUUACACAGUUAUGAAGAUAGGAGGACAAAAUCUUCCACAAUUGGAGCACAGGCAGCCCAGUAUAAAGUAAUGUGUGUUGUAAAUAAAACUUGUGGAAUUCUUUCAGUGUUGCAUCCUUUGUAAUGUAUGCAUAAUGUAAUAGUGUGUUAACGUUUGUAUGAGAAACAGGCAGCAUAGUGUGUUGGGCUCGCUAAUUUUAAUUCUGGUGAUUUAAUUCAGUGUAAUUAUUGUACUGAAUAUAGUUGUAAAGUGAUACAGACGGUAGUAAUUUACUAGGGUUAAUGUAGUUUAUAUAUAGAACAGAAGUCAAACCAAUGAUAAAUUAAUUUGCAUUGUCUUGACUUAUACCCUUCAAGGCGAGUUUUAGCUAUGGAAAAUCACAGGACGAUUAUAAUUUAAUGUAAUCAUCUUAAUUUAUUAAUUAAACUUAUUAUCGCCAUUAAAUUGAGAAAACAGAAGUCCUGAAGUAAAUUGAAACAGCCGCUAUUAAAAACAAAUAAAUAUUUAAAAACUAAAUUAUAAGUAGACUGAUGGAACUGGAUUAAGUCUUGAACUUUUGUUGCUACUCAGGGUUUCAUGCUUCUUGUAAAGCAAUCAUCAGGCAACUGCCUGAAGUAAGGGUUACAAUCAAAGAUAUAGAGAAAACAGAGCAAUAAAUACCAGGCAUGGUGCACGGCAUAUGGUGCAUGGCACCUUAUACCAUUAAUUAAGUGAUGCCUACAAAGGUCAUGUCAAAUUUGUGACAAAAUAAAAUUAUAAUAAUCAAAUUAGGGCAGUUUUUAGUAGAAAUUUCCUUGAGUGUCUACAACCUUAGAUUAGGUCAUUUCUAUUGUUCAGGGUAGACACUUCUUGUUUACAAAUUAUAAAGUAUUUCUCCUACAAGCACAAAUUACAUUUCUUGGAGACACUUGAAUACACUUUUGCUUACAAGUGUGGAGUUCAAAAAUUUUGACAAUCUUUAUCGUAAACAGCAAAAUUGCCCUUGUCUUCGAAACUAUGAAUUGUUUAAUUGAACUACGAAUGAAGAAUCAUUGUGGAGAGUCGGUAGGUUUUUCAUUUAGAGCCGCUUUGUAGUGUUCUCCCUUAAUUUUUAGCUCAGCAGGUAAGGGACCAUUCAUGGCCAGUAAGGCAAACGUUAUGCACCAGAGGCACACUUUCCUUGGGGAUGGGGGGUAGUGGAGUGAGGGACAUGGCCCCACCCUCGCUGGGAAAUUAAUCUAGGAACUAAGUUCUCUGAAACGUCAUUCCCUCAUUUAAGACCUAUUUUAUGCAAAUCGACUGUUGUUAUCUAAAGACAACAAUUUAAAACGUUUGAUUCCAAUAAUUUUACUCUGUCUUCAAUGUUUUCUUUCCAAAAUGCAUGGCCCAUAAAAAGAAAGGCUGUGUAUACUUUAGUACUUUUUCAUAUAUCUUUUUCCAUUUUCCUCGUGAGAAUUGGAUCAGAUCACAACUCCCUUUUUUUUGAAAAUCUACUUUUUAAGUCUCGCUUGCACAAGCAGUGAGACUCAUAAUCUGCAACGCUUGAACUUAUAGCACUAAUGACAUUCUAUAUCUUGUAACCAUAACAACACACCAAAUUUCAAGUGAUGGUGUCUGUUGUUUUAAACGCUGUUAUUUAAAUUGUAAAAUGACUUUUACAAUUUGAACAAUAACAAUGUAAUGAAGCAAAUAAGAAGGAAAAAAAACCUAAAUAUUGAUAAAUAAUAUUUUAGUAGGUUUGAAUGUUCAGAUUUUAUUGUCAUGAAGAUACAAUUGCACUUUAGGGGAAUAUCUGGGAGUUAAAAUAAAUAAUUAAAUAAAUGAGUAAAUAAAUAAAUAAAUAGCAAAUUAUUCUUCGAAGGAAACAACCGUAAAAGUUGUGUAUUUUUUUGCAUAAUCAUUUGGGGUGUCACUAAGGGCUGAAUCUGGGGAUAUAUUUUCUGCUGGCUACGGUCAGGAUGACCCUGGCUUCUUACAUAGGAAAGAAAACAAUAAGAGAACUAAAAGAACUUACCAGCUUUUCAUUUGGUGGUCUACUAAUUGCAUAUACCCAGCAAUUUGAAAUCUUAGUAAUAGCUCUGAAUUAUUGCAGCUUUUCUGCAUUUCUGCAGACUGUUUACUUUAACAAUAAUAAUUAUUAGAGAACCCCUCAGUCUGAGCUUAAAAUGAUAAGCAGAUGAACUUCCUUUUCAGUAUUGAAAACUUAAAUGGCUAAUGAAUAUCCAGUCUCCUUUAAAUAAGAAAAAGAUAAGAAUUAAGAUUCAAAACAUCUGGUUAUAAGGUAUCUUGCUGCUUUAUAACAUAAAAUAAUUAUUAUUGCUAAGCGCAUGUAACUUUGGCUAGGAUAGUUGGUGUAAAGUAGCUAAAGUGAAUGUAAUGGAUAUUAACGAAAUACUUGUUUUAUUUUCAUCUUUAAAAUUUGUUUUUUGUACUUGGAACUUUAUUUGUCCUAAAAAUUAUGUAUUAAUAUUUUGUAGGUCAGACAAACGAACAAAGAAAUACUACUUCAGAAAGUCCACACAAGAUAAAGCCAGGAACGCGUUUGAUCUCUUCAUGUUCUCAACAAACAAAUGUUAGUACAGCACAAGAGCAGAAAAACUUGAACUCUUCUGUAACUGGUGAGGCAGUAUCUUUGGAUAAAAAACGUGCUACUUCAGAUGGCAAAACCCCCUCUGUUGCUAAGGUUGUACCAUUCAGUCAUCAGCCUUCAGUAAGUGCCGUCAAAUGUUCAGUAAGUACUUGUUGUUCUUCAGCAACAUCCACUGUUUCUGCUGCUACAAAUACUCAGAUCCAGCAGACAGUUGCACAUGAACAGAAUAGUAUGCUGCAGACUUCUGUUGACAUUUCGGAGUCUCAAUGCCCCGCUCCAGAUGGUGGUAUGAUGACCGUCUUUGCCCAUUUUGAAGAUGGUCAGGUGCGUCCCAUCAUGAGAACAAUUUGUAGCUGCCAGCUACGUAAACGAGCUUUAAAGUAUGCUGAUAAAGGAAAAACUAAAACUGACUCCAUUGUUCUUGAUUCUGAUGAGGAAGAAGAGAAGAAUAGUGCGGCUGCUGGUUCUGUUGGUGAUCAAGGUAUUUGUAACAUGGUAUUUACAGCUGUCUUAGUUGGGGCCUGAUCACUACAAUAGAUUUGGUCCAAGGCCAGGUUUUUGAACAAGGAAUACUGUUAAAUUCCUCUGCACCAGCAAAACAAAAGGAUCUCUUGGCAACCUGUAGGUUGACUUUUUGAAUAUGAAUAUCAUUACAGAGUCUAUUUCGAAACUGUAUGUGCAAAGGCAUCUAAAUUGAAAUAAUUAUUUAUAAAAAAAGGUGGUAUGGAACCAUCAAGGCAUUUUCUAGUUAUCAAGACAACGUGAAGCCGUUUUUGCCUAUUUACCAUGUGCACUACAGUGAAAGUAGCAUUCAGCUCUGUAGUAUUAACUUGGCAGCUUUAUGCUGUAAACUCUGGAGGGCAUCAGAGUUAACUUUUCCGCACCCUUGCUGGUCACAUCACAGUAGUCAAAAAAAGGGGUAAAAUCAUCCUCUUGUAGAGGAUUACAGCUGCAGCCAUGGGAUUAGAGAAUUGCCUAAAAACACCCAAUUUCCUUGACUUACAGCAAUAGUUGUCAUGUAAGCUGAAUAUGUACUAUUUUAUUGGUAGAAGCAGGGAAACCUCUGUCAAGUUCAACUUCUGCUGGUGAUAAAUUAAGUGGCAAAGGGGAAGGCGUAAGUGAUGUUCAUGUGUAGCUUCAGUGUUCACUAGACCAGUGAGAUUCUCCUUUAGUUACAUAAUGGACGAUGUGAAUGUACAUGUACAUAUAGUAAGAGGUCCCUAUUGAUGUAGAUACUAUACUAGAUACUGGUUAAACACCUUGUGUUUCAAAUUUACAGGGCAUUAAUGAGAAUACUAGUUUUUAAGAAAUUGCAAUGUAAAUGGUUAACAUGCUCUCAAUCUGUAUUUUUCCUUGAAAAUGAUUACAACCUUUCUUCCUUAUUUUUUAUAGUUUGCUAAUUGGCAAAUGAUAUUUUUAAUUAAUUUUAAUAUUUACUGCCUAGAACGUUUUCAAAUUUUUUAAUUCUCAGUAGUAACUGAAUGGGACUUAAUUAUUUUGUAAGUGACAUGAUCUGCAGCUUUUAGUGGCUUUUUGAUUUGUUUAUUCCUUUUAUUCAGUGCUUUGAUUCAGCUCACUAAAUUCUUUUCUUGUACAGUAGUAGCCCGCGUAUAAGAACCUGAAUUUUUCAAUUUAGCCUAAAUAGGUUCUUAUAUAAACGGUACUUAAAGCAAAUUUAGGCUACGGAGGUUCUUAAAAUAGGUUCUUAUAUUUUCAUAUGAAUUUCAUCUGAAUAUACUAUAUAUAUUAUAAAUAUCAUCUGAUAAUACAGUAUAAAUCAUUUAUUUGUACCAUAGAGCAAUGCCUAUAGGCAGUUCAGUGCAGGUACAGCAUAUGUCCUAGAUGAUGAUCUUAAUUCAGCAGUUUCUACCUAUACACUUUUACAGCAACCCCACUGAUAAGAACCUAACUUAAAAUUUUAGCCUAAAUAGGUUCUUAUGUGGAGGGGGCUUAAAAUGAAAAUUUUAGCCUAACAGGUUCUUAAAACCCAGGUUCUUAUACGCGGGCUAUUACUGUAAUGGAGAAAUUUGGACUCUAAAAGAUUUCUUUUAAGUUGAAACCUUUCCCAAUUCCUUUUGCUACCCUCCAUUGUUGUUGCAGGUUUACUGAUAAAUGAACAACUGUACGUUCUUUUCAUGUCUUAAAAUGUUUUCUUUUUUUAUUACAGAAUGUUCAAGACACACCCAGGAAAAGUAUGAAUACAAUUUUUGAAUUUUUGGUUUUGAUUUCAUCAAGUACUUUUUACUUUUAUGUACUUUAAUUCUUCAUGGACAGCUGCAUUCCCUUCUUGGAUGUUAGCUGACUUAUUUAUUAAUUUUUUUUUUAUCUAUGCUUUACUUAAUUUUUGUUAGGAGCAAAAAUGAGCAUAGAAAACCAAGAAAAGAGGUGAGAAUUAAAAGACAUGGUACUUAAGGUUAGCAGUAUGAAUUUGGCAUCACCCUUUAUUUUAUUUAUUAUUAUUUUGCCACAUUGAAAUUAAAUACUUGAACAAUUUAAUUCAGGUGGAUGAGUAAAGGAAGCCCAUGGAAGUCAGUAAGGCUUAUGAAAAGGACCACCUUGAAAAUAUAUGACUAAAUUAUGAAAUACAAUACUGGCUUUGGCAAGACAAUUUAACUAAAGGCAUGAAUUUCUUUGUAACAUAGAAAAUAAUAAUUUAGUAGGAUACAAAAUAGAUAAGAAUUAAAGCGCAAAUGCAAAAAUGAAAAGAAAAAGUGAGAAAAAGAAUCCAAAGUGCGAAAAAAAAAAGUGAACGAAGCAAAGAAGUACACAUGAGCAUUAAGAGAAGUAAAGACAGUAUACAUAUACCAGAAAAAGGACUUUAGUUUAGAAGUGAACACAGCAAUACUAGAGGCAUUCUGAAUUUCACAGCUAAGGAAAUUAAAUUUAUUAUCAGAUACAAAUAAGUUGUAUCUUAAUCAAAAUCCUUUGUGAUUAAUUUGUGGAGAAUGGUAACUCAUUAAAAGGAAAUACUGAAUGAAUUAUUAGUAUAGUACAGUAGUAUAGUAUAGUUUAUCUUUAUUGUGCCUUACCCCCCCAAAGGGAGGUAGUGGUCCUAGUUACAAUAAAGGUUUUAUAUUCACUACUACAACAAAUUAUCUUAAAAUAUAUGAACAGAAACAACAAAACUAUACAAUAUGCAGUAUAACAAUAAUAAUAAAUUUUACUAUAUAAAUACCAAUGAAAUACCAGGUGAGCUUUCGCGCGAAAACAUGGUAUCUUCACAGGUGAAAAUAACAUGGUAUUUUCACAUGUGAAAAUAUCACCGUUGCUAUGGCUACAUAAUAAAUUGCACCUUUUGCAGGAAAAAAACUGUUUCAUUGAAAUGGUUUGGUAUUUCAUCGGUGUUUAUAUAAUAAGUAGAACAUUACAUGGCCGCUUGGAGAUACGAAAUUUCUCUUCUCGUGUUGAAAAUCUUUCACUCAUUCACUGCGCUCACUCGUGAAAUAUUUUCAACACUCGAAGAGAAAUUUCGUAUCUCCGUGCGGCCAUGUAAUAACCUCUAUAUACUAUUAGUUAAUUAAUUAAUUAGAUUUUUGGUUCAAGAUCUGUAUCCUCUUUUGAAACAUUAGAUGGACUUAUUUGGCUAUAACUUGAGAAUUAUUGUCAUUAUCUAAUGUUAGUUAUAUCGUGAUCUGUUAAGUUGACGAAGUUUGCAUUCUUUCCUGACAUAUCAAAAUAAAGUUUCUAAGAUUAUCGUAUUCUAUACAAUGCAUUAAGAAGUAUUUUUUGUGUUCUGUACAGUGUCUUUGAUCCAUUAAAGAAAUUAUGAUAAUUUUGUAUUUUUGUUGAUCAAAUGGGAAUCCAAAUAAUGAUUAUAGUAUAAUAAUAAUAAUAAUUCUAGAUUUUUUGGAAACUGUAAAAUACUUAAUCACUGUUAGGCUCUUGUGCUGGAUUACUAUUUAAAUUUUAUAGUGGCUUUAUAAAUAGUUUUUUUAUCUGUUUAUGAAAGAUCCUCUCCUGAUGAGAACAGCCCACAAACUAUGAUAGAAAUGGAUGUUUCAAGUAGUGUUAUAUGCUCUGAGUCAGUGGCAGACUCAGUAGCAAGGAUUGUGGAUGGCUUGCGACACAGUGUUGGCGAGGGAAACAGUAGUUGUGCCUCUUCAGAUUCCCUGUCUUCAUUAUCAUUUGCAAGUAUUACAGGUAUGGUAAUAUGCGGGGAAAAAUAAAAGUAAAUUCGUUUUUAGUCAGAGGCUGGAAAACAAAAAAUUUGCUUUUGCCGAUGACAACAACAAUAAACACCAACUUUAACUGGUUAAAGCAGGAAAAAUUUAAAGAUUUCCUCUGUCCACAUUAAGUAAAAAAACUUAUUGAGGCGGUAGAGGAAUAAGAAAGGAAAUUAGAAAAAGUUGAGAAUUACAUUACGGUAACAAACUGCAGAUGUAAAGCUCUGAAAAUGCUGUAUUAUUGUUCGUAUCUGGUUGAGUACGGUCCAAGCUCUGUUAAGUGGACACCCUCAGCAGAGUUCAAAUGAGGCUUUGAAGUCAAGAUGGCGAUUAGUAAGGCAGUCAGUGCUUGUCUGUAGUAAUAGAGUUUAAAUUGCUAUAUUUCCAUUGUUUAUGUAUUUUUGAUUUGUGGUAAUUUAUGGCCAGGCUAAUAAUUUAAAUUAUUCUAAUUUACAGAGGAUGCCCCACUCCUCGCUAAUCCCCAGAUUCUGCGACGAAUUUUGGAUGAAUGUAAUGGAAUAGAUAAGUAUGUGUUGGUCACUAUGCAUUACAAGUCUGUGACUUUUGAUUUUUACAGAUUAAGUGAUCGUCAGGUGUUGAUUUUGGUUUAAAAAGUGCUUUUUCUAUAAACAAUACAUAUUACAAAAUUUGCUCUUAAACCAUAAAGUGUUCAUCAAGAGAGCUUGUCCAUGUGGCUCACGGAUAUUUUACAAAGGAAUCUUUAAUAAUGGAACAAUACAAUAAGUAAACUUAGAAUGCAAAUAGUUGUACAGCACCAACAAUAAAUGCUACAGUAACCGAAGCAAAAAAAAAAAAAACAACUUGAAAAGGACAGCAAAUAAAGUUUCAUUAAAACGUGUUUAGAGGGCUUUCUGGGACGCUGCUGAAAUAGUCAUCAUGGCUUUAAAAAUGUCAGUCAACGGCUUUUUGUAGUAAAAAGGGACUGUCGUGCAUGGAUUUAGGUACAGAAAUGGUACAUAAUUAUUGUUUUUUUGUUUGUUUUCAUUUUACAUUAUAGUGUGAUAUUCGCUUUGUCUUUCAGACCUUUUAAGAAGUUGAAAGUUUCACCGAUGAAUUUGUACACAGCUGCUAAAGACUGCAAUGUUCACAAAGUUGUUGCUUUGUUAGGUUUGUUUUCUCUCGUUUGUUAUGUUACUCUGAUUUUUCUUUAAUCUUCAGUAAUAAAAGAAAACAAGCAUUUUUGUUUCGCUGAUUUUUCCAAUGUGUUUAAAGAUGACCAAAAAGAUAGAUCGUAAGUUCAAUAAGCCUAUAUACCUCUCUAUCUCGCUAUCUCUCGCUAUAUCGUUACCCUCAAAGUCAUUUAUUGGGGUGUACGUCUGGAAAUUAUCUGCCAAGAAAAUUAUCAGUUUCAACUAAUCUACGUGUAAAUUUGAGUAUUUUUCUUACAGUUGACAGUUGUUAAAGGCACCUGAACUCUCUUUGUGAUUCAGUUUUUUUUGUAUAUUUCUACCUUUGGGUUUGUGGAGAUUUCUUUGUUUGCAAGUACCAUUUGGUUCUCCAAAGACAAGGAGAUAUUUCUUGCGCUCUCGGUUAGUGAGCAACAAGACGUUAUCUUCACCGUUGGCAAUAAAAAUCUUUCGAAUGAACUGUUGAAAGUAUAACGACACCCACACUCUCUUCCAAUUUUAUCGCUCAUGUUGUUUUUUCUCGUUAAGUCAAUUCUAGCUAUUAAGCAGCAGUUUCUUUUCCCCAAGCCCUAUGUAUAUUCUUGUAUUGUUUUUCUCUGUAGUUGGAGGAUGUGAUCCAAACCAACAAGUUGUUAAAGCCAAAGGAAAGACGGCCAUGCAUGCGGCAGCUGGUGGUGGAUAUGUUGAUAUCAUGGCUUGUCUGAGACUGGUAAAUAUCUGAUAAACUAAAUAACAAACGGCAGAGUUUUUAAAAGGCUCUUAAACUCCUCCCUGCUUUCUGCAUUUUGAUCAUUUUGUAAUUUAGCCUUUUGUUUCCCCGUUUUGGUAACUGAUAUUAAUUUACUGAUUUGAUGACAAUAUGUGAUUGAGGUCUUUGCUUCAAGAACCCUGCCCUAAAAACUUGAUUACGAAAAAUUGUACUGGAAAAGCUUCUGAGAGGUCUUUCCGUGUUGCCACAAAUCGUAUUGGACAGGAUUUGAGGGUGGAGGGUUUUUGAAGAUUGUUUGGAUCCAAAGCGUGAUUGCACACAGAAUGCCACGAGAACAUUUUCAGUGGUCUUUUAAGUUUUAGUGUAAAACUGUAAAGAUUUGUUUUUGUGAGGAAAUAACUUCUUGUAGAGAAAUUGUUUGACGUUUUGCUGGUACAUGUAUAUUAAUCUGGUUACUUUUAAGCCGGUAAGCUUCUGCUCACCUGCUUGAAAAUCUCAUCCGGCUCUGAGAUUGCCUGAUCAAAAAAGUAUUCCUUUUAUUAGAAAAAGCGCAAACGCAAACUUAAAAUAAUCAUAUUGCAACUUUAAUUUAAAUGUCCCAAGAUCUGAAUUUUAAAAACAAGUAAAAGGUUAUAACAAUAAAGUGAAACGACCUUUCGGUGUACUCGAGACGUUGUUUUCAAGUUCAAAAGUCUGGUCAAAAUUCUCAGACUCUUUGAACUUAAAAAGCGUGACGAUGAGACCGAAACAUCGUUCGAUUUUAUUGUUACUUUUUACUUUUGUUUGUUUUAAGUAGUCUUCGCUGAUCAAGAUUUGACUGAAUAUGACGGAUUUCAUAUCGAAGUCGGUUCACUUUUGAUACGUAAUUGACUAGUUCUCUACCGAGUCUGUUCAUGAUCUGUAUUUGACUUAGAACCGUGCCUUUCUAUUGUGACUGCAGAAGUUAUUAGGCUGUAUCAUGCAGGUAUUGAAUUUCGACGAAAUAAUUUUCUAUUUUUAGGCAGGAUGUGAUUUGAACCUGGUGGACUACGAAAACAGAACACCUUUUGUAAGUACCUUGUUGGAAAGAACAUAGAAAUCUAUAAGUUAAUGUGUCCUUUCCGUCCGUCAUAUUUGCAAGUUGCAUUUUGAACGGUACAAACUGCUAGUAAGACUAUAGCUAGGACUGCAUCUCCCGGUGCCCUCUUUGUUGUCCAAUGUCGGCUUGGCCUUGCCUAGUCCCUGCACUGCGUCUCCCCAGGCCUUCUCGGUCAGUGCAUGUCUGUGACGUAUCCGAGACGAAAAUCUCGCUCGAUCCACGUGACCAGCAGCGCAAAGUCCUGGCGGAAUAAUGAGGCCUAGGCACUAGGCAAGGCUUGACCUGAAACGUCCCAAUGGAAAACCUCCAAAAGUUGCAUGGCUGAUAAAUCUUAUUUAGUGCGGGUCUUUGUUACGUAAAUCUUGUGCCCUAUGAGUGAAAGAGUUAGGUAACCCUCUGAUCACGUGAUCAACUUUCUGUAAACACGAAAACAGUUCGCUUUUUAACGAUGGUGUUAAUAGGAACUGAAAGAGCAUCUUAAAAUUAGGUAACCUGUAAAUCUUCAGCCGUAUAUCUCAAAAGUGGCGAUCGCAACGAACAGCGAACUGUUUUCAUGUUUACAGAAAGUUGAUCGCGUGACCAACUAUUGCAAAAAGCCCUAUUCUGCCGACUGAUCUCCAUACAUUUCCUUGUAGUUAAGGGAAUAGACCAGUUUCGAUAAAUUUAAAUUCAUAGUUGGCUCUGAGGCUUGGGGAAUAAAACAAAAGAAAUGUAUUGUUCAUUGCUGAGCCUUGAGAUGAUUUCUUUUCUUGUAUUUCCCCGAGCCUCGCAGCCAAGUAUGAAUUUUAAUAUAUCGAUAACCUUUCUGUUGAUUUUUACUCCUCGUCAUUAUUUUUGUAACCUGUUUUUGAAGUGUAGUUAAUCUUUUGAGAGAUUAUGGGUCGCCUUUGGUUUUGUUUGUGGGAGCUACGCUUUUGGUAGAAGUAUGCUGACUCUAGAGUGAGAGCUUAUUUGGUUCUUUUUAUUCAGUUUGAUGCAGUUAGUAACCACAAGGUGCAAGCAGUAGAAUAUCUCAUUGAAUGCGGUGCAAACGUCAGAGUCAGGGUAUGAAUUUUUUCACCAUAUGUAGUGUCCAGGAAAUGUUUCCACACUGCAGCACUGAUUUCUCAAUUCUUGAUUUAUUCGCUACUUCAGAAACCAGGAGAAGACUGGGCUGAGUAAGCUUUCGCAAAGACGUCUGGGAUUGUCACUAGGGACGCACCGCCUGGUCAGCUAUUGGCCCGUUUUUUCCCGUCCCCAGUAGCGGUCCUAAAAAAUUUUUGCGAAAACAAACUCGCCUCAGUUUCCUGAAAAUCAAUAGGAAGAUCAAGUUUCUGUCAUUGGUUGACCGGAUCAUUUUCUCGUUGAGAAAACUUUCGUGAAGUUAGUAACCCAAGCGCUUUUAUCAGGUGUAACAAUAUGACAAUUGUCUCAAUUUCCAGGACUCCAAAGGUAUGACAUGUUUCCAUUUAGCUGUUCGUCAAGGACAUACAGAUUUAAUCAAACUCUUGUUGAAGACAGGACAGUUUGAUAUCAAUGAAAAGGUAAAUGCUUUUGGCGAGCUUUUAAUCAUUUUCGCUAAGUUCAUUUCGUAAAGAUUAUAUCAGUUAUCGAAUGUCUUGUGACCUCGUGGUAGUCGAUUAAGGAAAAAUUCUAGUUAUGUAAGACUAUGAUGUAUUUUGUAUGUUACCUGCAGGAUGAUGGUGGAUGGACUCCAAUCAUGUGGGCAGCGGAGGAUAAACAAUAUGAAGCAACCCAGCUGUUAAUGGAGUGUGGAGCUAAUGUCCACUCACGUGACCUGGUACAGUAGCACUGUAGCCUAACCACUUCCCCUCAGCUCAGCAAAGGGAACUUAAGAAAACUUAAGUACAACUACGUUUGCCUUGUAUGGCGGGUGCUCGGAAAAAAGAAAAGGAAAGGGGAAAAAUUGGAGGCAUGGUUAUUGCCAUGCAGGGUAGGGGCGUGGUCCAUUGGGAUGUACCACACAGGCUUAACUGCUUUGUUUGUUUGGUUAUUAUUGUUAGAUCAUAAAUAUAAAUGAGAAGAAUAAAUAAUUACGGAUAGAAUAGUGUGUACUUUGGCAAGGGCUCUCUACGUAACUUGGUUAUUCCCUUGAAAUUCGGGUAGUUUUCUUUUGUCUUGAAUUUCUUGAAUAACAUUCAAGUCAGGUCAAGCAUACGUCUAUAUAGAAUCUAGUAACAGAUUGCCUUCUUAACAACAGGAGCUAUUUGAUUUGGUGCUGCUGAUAUACGAUUUAUUUCUGCAUUCCAGCAUGCGUAACGCACGGAGGUUAUUAAACAAAAUUUGCCUGGUCAUUUUUCUUGAAUUUAACAUGUCUUCGUAGGAUUUUUCCAUUGAAAAGUCGUAAAGAUGUUUUAAUCUGACCAAAUACUAAGAAGUUCAAGUGUAAGUGCGUGCGGGAAUACAGAUAUAAAUUUGACUUUAGUAGCGUCGACGUGUAACAGAUUCUAUGCGGGUACACUCCUGACGGUUGAAUGUUACACGGUUUAUGGGCACUUUAGCUCAGUAAGCGGCUAAAAACGUACGAUGUUAUCUAAGUAUAGUUAAAACCCGCAUGUAAGAACCUGGUUUUUAAGAACCUGUUAGGCUAGAAAUUUGUCUGUUAGGCUCCCCCUAUACAAGAAUCUGUUUAGCCUAAAAUUUCAAACAGGUUGUUAUUUAUAAAAGAAAUUCUGUACUCUUGGGGCGAAAUAAUCAGGUAAGGCAACAUUCAGGAUCCUCUUUGGAGACAUCUGUGCCUUGUCACCUCAACUGCAAGGUUUACAGGUUUUACAUAAUAAGGAGUAUGCUGAACACUACUAAAGUAAUCUUAGCUACGAUGUAGUGUUUUUUCUUUAUCAUAAAAUAAUAACCUAUUAAAGAACCUAAAUAGCUUAAAAUUGUGCUAAUUAUUAUUUAUGUAAGGACCUGUUAAGGCUAACUUGGCAAAAUGCAGGUUCUCAAUCGUGGGUUUUUACUGCAUAUGACUUUGAAUGUCAGAAUGAUUUGACUAUUUGUAAUUUUGUAUUAUUCAGGAGCUUAAUGUUCCCCUUCACUGGGCAGCUUUUUCUGGAAGUGCCGAGGUGUGCAAACUGUUGCUUUCGAAUCAUGUGAAUAUAAACACUGUGAACGAACAUCUUGAGACUUCACUGUAAGUACUUAAAAAUCAACGCCCCCCAUCCCACAUUACCCUCUACCUUACUGCCAAUAAACACCUUUAGACAACAAGUGUUUACUUAACAAGUGUUAAGUGUUUAUAGACUGCUUGCAGUCCGCAUUUUCUCUUAAAAUCCGUCUAGUUCUUAUCUGAGUUAGCGCGGUGGCAAAGCACGACGUUGUAUUACAAUAUCUCGUGCCUGGGUUUCUCGUGCAGUAACUUUGCAAAGGAAAAUAAGAGACCGCUCGCAGUCCAAGUGUUUAAGAUUAAUACCCCCACCCCGCCCUACCCGCUGCCAGGCUGUCAAUAAACACUUUGAGAUACCUGUGUUUUUUGCAACUGCUCCCCACUCCACCCCCUGACUAUCAAAAAUCUCCCUAUCCCAUCACCUUGCAGUUAAUACCCCGGCCCCCUUUAUCAAGACUUAAUAUACCGUUUUUAGUGCGAGUUGGAGGAUACGUAUAGGGUUGAGUCGUCCUUAAUCGUAUCUCCUUGCUUUUAUACGGUGUCGAUGCGAAGACUUGUUUUUGGAUUUUGGGACAAAUUUGUGACUUAUCCUUUAAAACGGACUUCCCAGCUUAUACUGUUGCACGUUAAGGAUUAGGGAAAGGGAUCAAGGACCUCUUUUAUUAGGUUUCAAACAUAUUGAUAGAUGAACGACAAAUGAAUAAAUGUAAUGGCGAUUGCGUGCAUGUAGCCGGAGGCAAUUCUGAAGUAGCGGAUUUGAACCUAGCUUAAACUUAACUCUGUUUACGUCCGUCUUUAAAACAGCGCCGAUGUCCUUGUUCUGGGCCCGCAGCUGUGUACCAGGAUUACACCAUUAUUUGCCUGUUGAAGAAGUCAUUGUCGAUGUGCCAAUCAGGAUGAAAGCAAAUUCGAAACGCACUUCCUGUAAUUCGUUGGGUCCGUUGGGACCCCAGAACAAGAAUAUCGGCGCUUCUUCGCAGACGUUACUAACCGAGGUCAAAUUACGUCUGGGAUGCAGGCUAGUUCGAACCCUGUCUGUGGCACAUUAUGUUCCCGGGGUUUUGAAGUUGUCCACACUCUUGAUUUUGACCUUUUAUUGGUUUGGUUUUCAGCCAUAUCGCUGCAAGAGACAACCACUAUCAGUGUGUCCAGUAAGUAACAUCGUGCGGUUGUUUCACGCUAUUUGUUGUUUUUGCUUAACCAAAGAGAGCCAAAUAUUAUAUGAAAAGCUGGCUAUCGAGUUGUCGAAGUUUGCGCAGGGUUCGUACGCGUCUUGAAAACCCUUGGAAACCUAUGAAUUUUUGAGUACUAGGCCUUUAAAAUUCUUGAAAUUCUUCUUCAGUCAUUCAUUUUGGUCCUUGAAAGUACUUGAAUUUUAUUUGAGGAACAUUUUCAAACCUCCACAAAACUUUGGUAAAUACCAGUUUUGAAGCUACCAAGAUAAAAUCAGCAUUGAGAAAGCCCAUUAUUGUCGGAAUAUAUUCAUAGUUUAUUUGAAACGUGUGUUAAAAGUAAUAAAAUUAGGUCCUUUAAAGUCUAAAAAUGCGGUCCUUGAAAGUUCUUGAAUAGUCCUUAAGUUUUAAGUGGGAAGAAGUGUAUGGACCCUGUUUCCGCGAUCGCAAUGAUUAGAGGCCACUUUGAGUGUUGGUCGGGUCGGUGCUGUGAAUUGCGUUAUGGGAUUGUUUUGGGGACAAGUGCAUGUUAUUGGGUAAUCCUGUAAUGAGAUACAGGUGGCUACAAUUUGCAUUUUUUCAAGAUUUGAAGAUAUUAGUUUAUUGAGACUAGAAACUCCUAUUGUUUGGUUAAAUGUUUACAGGUUGUUUCUAAGUCGAGGUGCAGAUAUUCAUAUCAGGAACAAAGACGGCAACACGCCUGCUAUGGUAGUGAAAGUAUUUCCUGUAUCGUAGUUAUGUAGCUUUGUGGCAAGAUGUACUCAGUUUAAUUUCCAUUUCUCUAAUUUCUAGUUUCCAAUUUAUGUUUGUCAAAUAGGUUAUUAAGUAAUCGUACGCCAUAGAACGAUAGCGCUCUGUGGCAACGCAUGUGCAAAAGCAAACCCGAUUUUCCUUAUGGAACUAAUUAAAUCGAGUGCUCUGAUUGGCUAAAAUCUGUUUUUUUCCAAUUUCAGCACGAAAAUGGUUUUUUAAAGUCCGAAUCUUUUGUAUUUUUCACGACUAUGACGUCAAAUCUAUUGUUUCUACGAAAACCAAGAGAUUUAAAAAUGGUAUCUAAGCCUGUUCUCAGACGUUUUUCUUUAUUUCCGACAAUUUUCGCUGGCGGUCAAUAAAUCCCCCACGGUUUUCAUUUUCAUAUGCGCUAGAAGAUCAGGUUGAAUGAUUUGGUUGAAUGAGUUGUUGACAGUUCCUUAAACGCUGAAGUCUUUGCGCUUUUCUUUUUGGGGUAACAUUAUUCUACUAAUUCACAUGUUCAGGGGUUGUUCCUUUGUUUUAUAUGUUGAAUGUAAGUAGAUCUGUUGAAGGUCCAAAAGUCUCUAGCCUGUUCACAGACCCUCUAUUUUCUCUUCAAAGUCCGUCGAGCGUGGGUGAUAAAAUAUAAACCGCAGGGGAUUUAUUGACCGCCAGCGAAGGGGGUACGAAAAGAAAAAUAAAACAACGUCUAUGUACAGGCUAGAAAGUCUCUUGUUUAGCUGUCGAGUAUUUAGUUUAGACUAAACGUCAGAUCUCUAGCCUUAAUUUUUUUUUUACAGUAAUGACUGAUUUUGUAAUUUCCUGCUAUGAACCGUUUGUCAGGUUGCUGAUCCUGAUUCUAGAGGUUAUAGUUUACUGAAGGCAAAAGAAGAUUUAGAGUCUCGUCAACAUUACAUCCGGCCACGCAUUUUACAUUGGUACGUAAAAUAUACCGAAGUUACUACACUAGAAAAAUUUUGUUUGGCUAUUUAAAGAAAUUUGUUUGGUUUGCUUGGUCAUGUGCUAAACUGUUGUUUAAGAUGCCUGUGUUUUAAAAAGGGGAUUUAAAGCCAUAAUUCCGUCUUAUUGGGGCCUUUCAAAUUUUUUGCCUUUGUUUUUAAAUUUGCAGCGAUAUUUCUCGUGGACAGGAAAAUGUUUCAAUAUCUUGCAUAAAUGAGGUGCGUUAACUGCUUCGUUGAAUCUUUCUUUGUACUCUAGAUGCACAAUGUAGAGAUUGUUAAGCGAAGAAAGGGAUUAACCUGAUCCUAGCAAGCUUUUACGGGAAAAGUCUCUAACGAAAUCACAUUUAGUUAAAUGUUUUAAAUUUUGUUGCUUGUGGCUAAAUGAGCUUGGUAAGUGGUCAUAGUUGCGGUCAUUUGAAGGCGCAUCUCGAUACUAAAACGUUCUUCAUUAUCCUCAUUAUGUUUCAUUCUUUUCACGGGUCAAGAUGAACUCAACAUGCUGCCCCCAGUGUUUGGGGACAGGCCAGGUUCAUAGCUCUGUUGCUAGAGCGUCGCAGCGCUAACGCAGAGGCCAUGGGUUCGAAUCCCGUUAUACCCCUAAUUUUUGUUUUCUGGUUUAUUUGUAAUUGCUUACUGCGAUGAUUAUAUCUUCUUACACUUUCUGCCAAAUCGUGUCUAAAUGUCAUUACCGACCCACUAAGGCUCUGUCCUGACGAGUCCUAUUCUUUUUCUGUAAAGUUUAAAUUUUCUCUUAAGCCAUGACAUCUCUUGAAUAAUAGUUUCAUGGGUUUUGGUUUUCUAGGUCGAUGACGAACCGUUUCCAGAGUUUACCUUUAUAAAGGAAUGCUUCGAGACUAAAAGAGGGAUGAUAGACUGGAGUAUUUCACGAUAUGAGGUACCAUGAAUUUUACUUAAUAAACAUUUGUGUGAGAAGUUGCCGUGUAACAUUCAUGUUAACAGUUCUCUGACUUAACUGGCGAUGUUUCAACAGGGCGGCUGUAGCUGUGAAAGAGUAUGCCAAAGUGGAAUGCUCUGUCUCUGUUCUAAAAGAAGCGAAAGACAGAGACUUUGGUACGAGGUAUGUCAUCAACCGUUCACAAAUUCACAUUCUCUUUUUGGAAGCUACAAUCGUGGACAAAAGUCCUUGGGACAGUGCUGCAAUAUUUAUAAUUUUCUGUCAUUUCUCGGCUCCCUCUUAAUACAAUACAUCCUUUUCGAAAUUUUCUUGCGGUUUUCCCUCCCCCCACCCUACAAAAAGUUGAAACUCGGAAAAAAUUCUGGAUACACGCGUCCAACAUUGUUUGUUGGGUGAGGGGAAGGGUUAGACCUGUGUGAAUUGGAAAACGCCCCAGAAACGCAAAAGUGUCCCAAGACUUUGGUCCAUGAUUGUAGGUCCAGAAAUAAUUUUUAAGUCACUGACUGUCGUUUGCAGAAGUGCUAGCCUCCCCUCGCCCUCGCCCUCGCUAAGGAAAUUUUUUUCCCCGCUUUGUAAAACUUAGUGAAGACAAGUUUACAGUUUCCAUCCAUCGAAGGGUUCAUGGUUUUUAAACAUGAGAUCUUUUGCUCUCUUUGGUCUGGAACUGUGCUAAGAAUUUCCUGGUCAGUAGGAUUAGCUCAGUUGAUAGAGCGCUUGAUUACAAAGCGAGAGGUCGCGGGUGCGAUUCCCGGGACCGGACCAGUACGCAGGGUCUUAAAAAUAACUGAGAAAUGUACUGCCUUUGCCCCGCAAAUGGCUAGACCUUCGCGUGGCUCGGAUGACAACGUAAAAUGGCGGUCCCGUCUCCAGUAGGAGACGUAAAAUAGUGUUCCCAAUUAGUACUUUCGUGCUAAAUACAUUGACACUCAAAUAAAGUGCAUUUUUUUAAGGGCUUGAGCCCUGGAAUCAUUUCAUAAGUGGGUGGAAUAUGAUUGUCCGUGUGAGUGUAGUCCUGAAUAGGACUCAGGCUGUUGUUUUGACUGUGAUAACUUGUGCUGUAUUCAUAUUUAGUGUCUAAGUGAGGUGUAUCUCUUUAGCUGAUGGUAUUAAAUAAACUCUGGUCAUUAAGCGGAUUGGUCAAUUAAUACGCAAUAUUAUUGGAAUUGGGUCUGGUCAGCCUAUUCUUACAGUAUAUACAUUUUUUCUUCAAGGCAAUACAGCGGAACCUCGAUAUAACGAAACCUCGUUAUAUCUAACAAAUUUUGCUAGUCGUUUGGCCUUUCGUUAUAUGGAGGUUCCACUGUAUUACCUUGAAGGAGAAAAAAUACUGCGAGAAUAGGCUUGGUAAGUUUGGGUUCAUUGAAUGCACACAGUAUGAACUGAACUAACCUUUCUUUCUUUUUCAUGCCUUGGAAAAACAUUAAUGGUAUCCCUUUGUUGUUAGGAGGGGCUGGUUAAAACUUCUAUCAAGAACAUUGACCGGCCGCUUGUUUACGAAUGUAACAGAAUGUGCAACUGUUGGACGUACUGUAAGAACAGAGUUGUACAGAAGGGAAUGCAGUACCCACUGCAGUUGUACAGAACCCUGAGAAAAGGUGAGAAAAACAAGUUUAAGCAUUACGUAGCUUACAAAAGGCAAAGUUAGGAAUUAAGGGGAGAAAUAAUAGCAGAAAUGAGAUAUUCUUUAUUGGGCUAAAUUUCCUUUUUUUCUGUGUUGGAGGGAAAACAAGUUAACUUGUAACUUGUGUGUCGAGAUGUCAGUAUAUGGUCCAUGUACUAAUUCAUUGUGCGUCACGUCGGAUAAUAUGACACUUUUCUUGAUGGUUGUUAGUGGAUAUUUUUACAGCUGUUUCGAGAAAGGUUGUCGGAAAAAAUGUGCACGCGACAAUCCUGAAAGGUAAUAUGAGAUAGGAUCAAUACACUGUUCCUGACACUGUAGCUGUCAAACCUACUUUUGUUGCUUUCCUUUUGCACUCGCAAACGUAUGUCGAUGGUCGCUCGUGCCAUUCUUUCUCAAAACCUCCCUUGAUACCUUUCGGGAUUGUCGCGUGCACUUUUUCCGACAAUCUCUCUCGAGUUAGCUGAAUACAGAUGUUACGACCGUCUUGUCAAACUUGAUGAUACACUUGUCUGUAUGUAUUAGGUUGGGGAGUGCGCAGUCUUGCUAAAAUUCCAAGAGGUAGUUUUGUCUGUGAGUACACUGGUGAACUGAUAUCGGACAGUGAAGCUGAUGCGCGCGAUGACGACUCCUACUUAUUUGACUUGGAUUGUAAGGUGAGAAACUAUUGCACCACCACCAAAUGUAUUUUCUUCUAUCUGUAUUUUUGAAAACGUUGCUGCGGUUAAGACUUUUUUCCACUUUCGUCUGUUUCGUUGAAAAUUAAGAGCUCCACCUUUCUAUCUUCUCUUCCGGUCUCUUGUUCUCUUUGAGGCGAUUUUCUUGCUUCUUGGACUGAACAACGUCAUAACUUGUCGUGUUUCGGCAUUUUACUGAUCAAAUCGUUCAUUGUUUCAGGACUUAUCUUUUCUUAUCGUCUCUUGUAUGAUUGCAGGAAAGUUCAAAUGAGAAUGAGUUGUUCUGCAUUGAUGCAAAGUAUUUUGGAAAUAUAAGCAGGUUUAUAAAUCACUCGUGUGAACCAAACAUAUUUCCGUUGCGGGUAUUUGUUAAUCACACAGUAAGUUUUUCCUUGUUACUAUACCAUUGUUUUGUUAGUUAUUAUUUAUUAUAUUUGUCAUACUGUCUAUUCUAAGCUUUAAGGCGCCUCGCACUAGAUUCAUUGUGAGGUUUAAAGCUUACCUGUCCACUGCAAACUGCGUUUAGCAGAUCAUAGAAUUAAAAGACAGAAAAAUAAUAAUGCAAGGGAAGCAGCUGUUCCUUUUCAUGAAAUAGGCAGAUGUAGCAGAGGCAACCUGACGAUAGUUAAGACUGCGGGCGCAUAUUUAAACUCCAAAACGCGCUAUAUGACAACAACGUCCCCUCCCUCACUUGGCAGCUUAUUUUUGUCACACUCAAAAACCUUUGAGAUGAUGAUCUUUAAGGUGUUAGUCAACAAUUCUGACAAUAACAAGAGCUCUCGUCGUAUGUUAACGAAUCUUUUUUCUUUUCUUUUAGGACAUAAGAUUUCCCAGAAUAGCAUUCUUUGCCAUCGAAGACAUCGAUGUCCAUGAGGAAAUUUGGUAACAAAAAGAUUCCAAAAUACUUUUUUUUCGUCACAAAGGGGUGUUUUAUAUAUAACGGUUUUAUACCGCGUUGUUUGUUACGUCCAUUUACAAGACGUAGAGUGUAGUUCAUCCCAGUUUAGCUAUCGAAAGGGUUUUUAAUUAUUACGGCAAGAUGGAUUCAACACGGGACAAACCUUUCGGAAUGGUUCCGUCUUUUGAACCUUUUUUUUCUAGUAUCAUUAACUGUUUCACUUCUAAUGACCACAAGUACAAAAUGUAAUUAAAUUCCGGAUUUCUUAGUUUAGUAAAGUCCAUAGUUUUGUGUCAAAUUUCUGCCAAGCGGUUUCAUUUAAAUGGUAACACCAUAGGACUUUGUUCACCGAUGCAUAAAUGACCAAUAUGUUCAUCUUAACUUAGUGCAGCAGAAAAAGACAUGUGAACAUAGAUAGUGCUUUUAAUUUCGCAUGUUUUCAUUUCUCUACAGUUUCAAUUACGGUGAUAAAUUCUGGUCUGUUAAAAAGAAGGAGUUUUACUGUGAAUGUGGCACCACAAGCUGCAAGUACCCCAAACCCAGCAGUUAGCGGAAGUGUCCAGGUGGCUCAUCCUUCAAGCAGUUAUCUUUUACACAUCCUUUUUAAAUGUAUUCAUUAACUACGCAAACACGACUGUACUCAGUCAAUAUAACAACUUUCAUUCAGAUCCUGUUAUUAAAAUAAUAUAUAGUAUGCUUUAUACAACACGUCUUAGGAGUUUUGAGAACUGUGAGUUACUAAGAAGGUAUUGUCUUCUGCUUAACAGUAAGUGAAAAAUAAACCUAUUGUAAAAAUUACACAGCCACAGCUCUUAUUAUAUUUUUAUACUUCGGCUUUAACUUUGUCGUUAGGAAGCUUACGAAACUACGACGACGAUAGCAGUAAAAACGUCACUGAUUAAAAGAAUUUACGUUGUUCCAAACUUCAUCGUGAUUAUUCCUACUGAACUCAAUUUUUCAAGCGUUGUCUAAUUAUCCUGAAGUUUAAUUGU